GGCUAAUAAGGAUGAACAUGACUGAAAUUUCAUACUACAAUGACACAUUCACACCAUCUGAUUUUGACGACAAUUCAAAUGCAAAUUGGUGUGAAAUGGAUGACACCUACCGUUUUAGUGCCAUGUUCACGGGCAUCCUGUACUCUUUGAUUUUCCUUCUCAGUCUGCUAGGAAAUAGCCUCGUCUUAUGGAUCAUCGUGAAAUAUGAAAACAUCACAUCCUUAACAAACCUCUUCAUGGUUAAUCUUUGCAUCGCGGACUUGGCUUUCGCUUGCACGCUACCCUUCUGGAUUGUCUACUAUUAUUACGAAUGGAGCCUUGGUGAUUUUCUCUGCAAGGCUGUCAGUGCUAUCUUCUCUAUUAGCUACUACUGCAGUGUUAUCUUUCUGACCUUAAUGACAAUCUUCCGAUGCCUGUCUGUGGUAGAUCCCUUGUCCACUUUGAGAUCACCCACAAAAAAGCGUGGCAUUCUGGUGAGCUUGGUCGUUUGGAUCAUCGGUGUGCUGGUCGUGAUCCCUGAAAUAAUUUAUACUGAAGUUGUAACCAACAAUGGCCAACAACAGUGUGAGUACAUAAAGCCCAUAUGGAAGUGGGUAGAGCUGUAUCAGCAAAUUGCUUUCUUUCUGUGCUCCUUUUUCACCAUUUCUAUUUGUUACAUCCGGAUGCUUAAGAUUCUGCUGGGAUCAAGGACUCAAAAGAGGUACAGAACUGUGAGACUCAUAUUUGCCAUUGUGCUUGUCUUUUUCCUCAGCUGGGCACCUUACAAUGUGCUUGGUUUCCUAUAUUUUUCAUCAACUACGCGGAAGAUCGAACUGGAUUGUGAAUCCCUUAAUCAACUUUUCUUUGCUUUUGACAUCAGCCGCAAAAUUGCCUUCUGCCACUCCUGUCUCAACCCAGUGCUCUAUGUCUUUGUUGGGGUGAAAUUCAGAAGGCACCUGAAACUCUUGUUCAAGAAGUACUAUUCUUGCCACAGCAGGAUUGAACCCUACCCAAGAGCUCAUUCUUGGCACAUUGGCCUGUAUGAGGAUGCGUCCAUGUACUGAAGAUAAUGCUGCUGAGCAGGUGAAGUCACCUGAAUUGCACCACCGUCUUGGAAAUACUCUUCAUUUUUUUCAAUAUUUCACUGCGAAGAGCAUAAAAUGACCUCGCCUUGAGAGAGAAGACAGACAAUGAUCAUCUGCGUUGCUUGGAGCCCAUCUAUUUAAUUCACGAAUAAGACAUUUUCAAGCUAAUAGAUGGGGGGUGGGGCGUUCUAUUUUUACUCCUACUAAAAAUUUCAGAUGCUUGCAGAACUCUAUGUGAAAGGGUAAGGAGCAACCUUUUUAAAAAACAGAAUAUGGGUAGGUUUUUUGUUUUAAAUGAAUCACAUAGCAUAUUGCUCAAAUCUCUAAAAUGUUUUAAUGAUUGACAGUGGAUUCCUUUCUAAAGCCAAUGACUUCACUGUACUUCAACUGCGCUGUUAAGUAUCACGGGACUGAUGUACUUGUCUCAGAUAUUGUCUUGCCACACACGCUUGUAUGUAUAUAUCCCAACAAAACUAUACACACUAUUAAAAUACCCAAACUGUAUCCAUAUUUUGCAUGCAAAAAUUAUAGCAAGCAUAACUAUGUUUCUAUGCUGUAUGUGCAUCAGUGAAUCGGAAUGCAGGUUGACAUUUUCUGUAACACUUAAACAAAGGAGAAAUCAGCUACAAUUUUGCAGCAGAGUAACUGAAUCAUAUAUUGUAUUAAUUAAUUUUCUGCUUCUGAAUGGCCUGUUGAGUUGUAAUGAAAACCAAAGUGGACUGAACUGAGCCUGCAAAACA